UCAGGGUCUCAUGACUCCUUUAGCUUCUACAUUGAUGAAGCCUCUCCAGUUGGGCCUGAACAGCCAGAAACCGUCCAGAACUUUGUCUCUGUAUUUGGGACUGUGGCUAAAAAACUGAUGAGGAAGUGGUUGGCUACACAGACAAUGAACUUUACUAGCCAGCUGGGGGCAGGUAUACGAUAUUUUGAUCUUAGAAUUUCCACUAAACCCAGAGACCCAGACAAUGAACUCUACUUUGCUCAUGGUUUAUUCAGUGCCAAAGUCAGUGAGGGCCUGGAAGAGAUCAAUGCAUUUCUCACUGACCACCCAAAAGAAGUGGUCUUCUUGGACUUCAAUCAUUUCUAUGGGAUGCAGAAAUAUCAUCAUGAAAAGCUUGUCCAAAUGCUCAAAGACACAUACGGAAACAAAAUGUGUCCUGCUAUAUUUGCCCACGAAGUAAGCCUCCAGUACCUCUGGGAAAAGGAGCACCAAGUGUUGGUGUUUUAUCACAGUCCGGUGGCUCUUGAGGUACCGUUUCUUUGGCCAGGUCAGAUGAUGCCAGCACCCUGGGCAAACACAACAGACCCAGAAAAACUGAUUCAGUUUCUCCAGGCAUCAAUCACCGAAAGAAGAAAGAAGGGCUCCUUUUUUAUAUCUCAAGUAGUGCUGACGCCAAAGGCUAGUACAGUGGUGAAGGGGGUUGCUAGUGGUCUCAGAGAAACAAUCACAGAAAGAGCUCUUCCUGCAAUGAUGCAGUGGGUCCGAACUCAGAAACCAGGAGAAAGUGGCGUAAAUAUUAUCACUGCAGAUUUUGUAGAACUCGGUGACUUUAUCAGCACAGUCAUAAAGCUCAACUAUGCCCUGGAUGAAGGUAAAGAGCAAAACUAAACAUGUUUACAGUGUUUGAUAAAAGAAGGCCACUUACAUGUUUUCCGUGAGGUACCAAAUGUGAUUCGUAUGUCUUCUACAGUUAUGAACAGUGCCAAGAAAUUUGCUGCAUUCAGAGCAGUGAGAUGUACACUGCCCUCUCUCUGCCCACAGCAGGAUUCCCAUAGGUGCGUGCAUUACGGUGGGAGACUAAGGCCCCACUGCGGCCCUAAAAUUUUGAGUUACUACACUUCAUCUGUCAGUUGGUGUCACCGAUUGUAUUUAUCAAUGAGCCACAGGUUUAAAUACCUUUGUGAAAAAUAAAUAUAAAGUCAUGCCUCCAACAUUCACAUAAUCAGUGGACAGUAAACGUGAUGUAUUAUGUAGCUUGCGCAGAGCACAGCCUGAAUCCUGCUUGCUUUUCAUUUUUGCAAUGGGGUUUUCCAAUGUCUCUGCUCCGUGUAAAGUCAGCAGUUAUGUAGUGCUAACCUAACUCUGUACUAAAUGCUGCCGUUGUGUAUUUUCCAUGGUUUUAGCAGGAACAAAGUCAGGCUGGCUUGGAGCACCACUCCCUCUCAGGAUUAAUCUUAUGUAAGAGUCUGAUCCAAAGUCCAGUUAAUUUAAUAUGAAAACUUCCUUUGUUUAGCAAGACUUGGGCUUGGGAUCACAAAAUUGUGUGCACUGUAAGGUGGGCAGGAUUUGGUCUUAUAGCGGAAAGGUGCGUUCUGCAGGAUUAAAACUACGCUUCAAAAAAAAAAAAAAAGGUGCAGUCUAAGGUUCUCCUUAAGGCAGCUAUGAACGCAGAACUUCUCUGCUAAUUACAAAGAAAAAAAUCAGUGCCAAUUUCAUCAGUCAACAAUUGCUGUACUAAAGAGUGGAGUAGUUCAAUAUCUAGCUAGCAACAGUAAACUAUACUCCUUACAUUGUUCAUGAGAAAUAACAGACCAUAACAAAAGGUCGGAAAUGUACUGCAUGGCACUGGUCUGGUGGCAGAAUCUCUGAUGACCCUACUUUUGAUGGAACACAAAACUCAAAUAUAUGGAAAAUGUGGUGAGUUGUAAAAUGAGAGCGUUGCCACUGUAUGACCCCUAACAGGAUACAGUGCAGUCGUAUGUCUUUGAUAUAUCAGUGUGUGUGCACACAACUUUUGAAAGCCAAACACUCCACUUAUGGAAAAUGAUAGAUACUGUAAGGUCUUACAAGGAAAAUGCUCCCUGAAGUAUUGCAAGGCUUUAUAGGAUAAGACUAAGGUUAAGUUUCCAUUGAUACUACUAGAACGCUUACUUGAGUGAGAAGAGAAUGGUAUCUUAUGAUCCCUUGCUGUUUUCGGUCAGCUGAUAAGGCCUACCAUCUCAAAGAUCAUCCGGUCAUAUGCAAGCAAAAAUGGUCUUAUCAAAGAGGUGGGUUUUUCUUUUUUUGUGUUUUGGGGGGCUUUUUUAUGAAGAAGUGGAAUAAAAUGAACGCUUGCUGCUAUUUUGUACAGGGAGGGUGCCUUGGAAAAAGUGUGUGUGUAUGUAAACUCUAAAGACAUUUACAUGUAUGUACGUGAUACGAAGACAACCAUUCAACACUUGCUUAAUGGUAUUGUGGUUUCUAGACAAGGGUAUUAUAAACUUAGUUAAAGAAAACAGUGCAGGUGUUACAGCAUUAUGAUGCCUCCUUCAGUAGCAGUUUUUUGUGUAGGGAUUAGGAGUGUAAGAUUCAUCCUCAGUGAAAUCUGUGAUCCAAGCCAGUUAGGUUUUUUACAGCAUUAAAAACUUGACCCAAAGUGGCCCCAAAAUUCAUCAGGAGUCACACCCCAUCUUUGCACUGAAAAAGGAGUAGGACUUGGGCUUCCCCCUUGAGGGGGAAGGGGAUGGGGAUGAUGCACUUGGUUUUCAGUUGCCACAUACUCUCCAAGCAAAAUUCAUGUAACGGGCACACAAAAUGAAACAUAAAUGAAACAUGAGCAUAUGUUUUCUUUGUGCAGACUGGAAACUUGUGUAUUUUGCACAGUUCCUGAAGCGGUACCUUUUCAUCUAUUUAGGGUAUCCUAUAUAGAAACUUGAAAAUGUUUGCUUAUUUGUUGAAGAUGUGGCAUGAAAAGAUCUUUUCAUUCUUCUUAGCUAGAUUUGUUUGCUUCUAGAUUCUCCUGUCGUUCUUCAGUUACUUAAAUAUAGUCAAAACAUUUAAGCUCCCUAUAAGAUGGCAAAAUAAUCUGAAUAUUACUGAACAUGGGUGGACAAAAAAUGAUUUCUUUUUCGGGGUUUUGACUGAAAUUCUGUUGAGUCUGAGAGCAACAACACUGAGUUCCUCCUGGAACCGCUGGCUCAAGCACACACUAAACAGACCAAGCUUUUCACUUACACACUUAGGUGAAGGUGUGCUCAAAGCAAAUGUUUUACUGUAUUUAAGAAAAAGUGUGUGCCUGUGUGUGUGUGUGUGUGUGUUUGUGUGUGUGUAUAUAUAUAUAUAUGUAAUGCUAUAUCAUAUCUUGAGCUUAUUGGCAUUUUUAGGGAAUGUUUGUUUAGCAUCAGUUAUAUUCUAAUUGUCAUUUAGGUGCUGGAAAAUAAAAGCAAAAAAAAAAUCCUCUAUGAAGAAGGAUAAUAGACAAAUCAUGUAGUUUCUCCAUUAAUGGGGGAAAAAAAUCUUAGCAAAAUGUUAAACAAAAAUAGUUAGAAAAAUUGUGUUUUUAUUUAGCUGCCGAUCUCCUUUCUGUUGGAGAAGCACAGCAAUUUAUUGUAGGGGACAGGUAAACAAACUUGCCUUAAUUACUCAAACAAAAAGGGAGGGAAGUAUUAUCUACACUUUUCUGGCAAUUUUAUCUCUGAGGCACCAAAACUAAAAUUGAACUGUCCUAAUAGGGGUACACUCUCAGUUGAUGUAAUCUGGGAAAUCUUGCCAGAAGAGAACAAUCUGGAGAGGACUAUGCAGCACAACUGGGCCAUUCUAGAGCCCAGUUUGGUCAUCCCUAUGCAGCUAAAACUCUCGUUGAUUUCAACCAGAAGUGUGCUUGCAGGAUUGCUCUGCAGGACUGGUUCAGAUUAGCUAUCUGACCUCAUUUGUCUGGGGAGGUUUCUACACAUGUAUUAUGAGGAAUCCUGUAUGAGAAAUUAGAUGACUGUAAUCAGUUCAACAGCAUAAAAAUACCCAUCCACAUUACUGGUCUUCAUAACCAUCUGUUUAGUCAUACUGUAACAUUAUUCUCUGUCUUAAUAUUUUUUCUCCACCUGUGUUCAUUUCCCCCCCUCGUUAUGUUCAUUGUACACACUUGAAGUAUUACUGUCUUUUCGAGUUUCUAGACAUUUUUAUGUGAUUACUUGAUGCUUUCUGUCAGUCAUACCUGAAAAAUUGCAACUGCGUUGCGCAACACAAACUGAAUGGCAGUAGAGCAGAUUCUCAGCUGGUGUAAAUCUCUGUGGCUCCAUAUUUCAAUUUAUUAAAGCUGAGAAUCUCUUCCGUAAUGUUUGAUACUGAUCCAGCUUACACUGAUUUGAACUAAAAUUUAGCAGCUGGCCCCAGGAGUCUGUUUUCCACCUUAUAUGAGAAGGUAAAGAUCAGGAUCAGGCCAAAGGAGCCUAACUUUAAAAUCAGUGAGUUGUUUGCAUUUAUUUGCUCUUGGUUACAUUAACAGUUCUGUCGGUUCUGCCAUUUCAAGUCAUUCUUUUGAAGUAUACAUGUGUAUAUAUACGCCUAUGUGUGUGAGAGGGAAUGUGCGAUCCUGUGUGCUGGGCUAAGUCUGUCUGUCAUAUUGAUAGAAAUCUAGACCCUUUCCACUAAUUUGGUAGUUACUAAAGUUUUGCGCUGGGAUGAGAGGGAGUCACUGUAUAGUAAGUAUAUGCUGUGUUGCAAAGCAAAUUAAAAAAUUUGGAAGUUAAUUGAGAAACCUGAAAAAAGUAGAGUGCCCCUGAAGACAUCGCUCCAGUGCUAUUUAUUCUACAUAUGGUAUAGGGAGCACUAGGCAUUAGCGACUGAAUAGGUUAUUUGGUGAUUUCAGGAGUUCAGUUAACACCAUUGUUAAACUUCUAAAUUCCUUUUCAGUGAAGCAAAAGCUAAUAGUAUAUCUCAUGUAUUUGCCAUAUCUCAGUGGUAGCUUCUGUGUCCCAUACAGUCGAAGUUGUUCUGAAUUGUAUAUGUUUACCCAAUGAUGAGGUUAAAAUAUGCUGUAUAGUUUGUGCAAUGUAUUGAUUACAAGUUUGUUGGAGUUCAGUGAUCUAUUUAGUUUUUACUGUGCUGCUGUUUUGUAGGUAUGUGUGUGUAUGUGUGUAUGUAUGGGAGUAUGGAUUGUCUACAAUGUACGAGGAAAUAAUAAUUAAUCCUAAAGGAAAAGGGCAGUUAUGUAACCUGCCUUAAUGCAUUCACAUAAUCUUGUUUAAAUCCCAUAAUUAUGAAUUCAGAUUUCAAACGUUGCUGAAGAUUGUUCGUACAGCUGCCUUUGGCAUUAAGAAGUUAAACUUGAUCUUAAUUGGAGCUCACUUAUAUAUGGAUAAAUAAAGAAUAGUAUGUUUGUAUGAUCAACUACCUUGACUGUAUGUGGUGAUAAAGACCCGGUUUCCUGUGUGAUCAGGCGAGAUCAGUUCUGUGUACACACAGCCCCUGUUGAUGCCAGUGGGAGUUGCGUUCAUGUAAUGAAGGGCCUAAAAUUCCUCUAUUGAGAUAUAAUUGCGGUACUCUGGCUUUGUAGAAGUGCCUGGAUGCUAUGCAAUAUUGCUCAUGUCCCGUGCUGGAAUGUAGCUGUGAAUUCACAGGAAGAGCUCUGAACUCUGUUCCAAUCCAGAUUCUUUUCUUAUGUAAAAAUCAGAUGGCUGAGGUUAGUGUCCCGGCCUGGCCUGCCCAUGUACAGCAUUCUGCUUUAAGGAGCCAUGGCAGCUUUAAUUAAAAAAAAUUAUAAUAAUUUCCCAGAGGCUGGCAAGAGCUAGUGCUCUGCAUUGCCCAGGGAUAUGACCCCUCUACCUUUCUCACAGCCAGGCCUAGCUCUCCCGUCUUGGUUUCCGUCUGAGAUGCCUCUGCUGGAUGACAAGAGGGUAAUUACGAAAGAAGUACAGAACGUGGGAAGAGUCUACCUCAUGCCUGGCCAGUUGGACAAGGUCAGAUAGAGCAUGCCUGUCCAAAGGUGUAUUUGAUGUGAGGUUGGCUUCCGUCAGUCCCAUGUGAGCAGUGGUUCAGGAAAAGCCAAAGUCUGAUUUCAGACCCUCUUCUGUUAUCUUUGUCUAGUUAAAAUACAACAUCUGCCCACUGGCUCUACUCAUUGCUCCUUAUCUAAGUCUGUGCUUCUGCGUACUCAUCCCUUUAUUAUGAGGUGUGAGCAACACUGUGCUCAAAAUAUUGUUAGUUUGUCGUCUUCAGCACACCAUCAAAAUCUGUAACUUCUGUAUAAGACUACGUUGAAUACAGAGCUAAGAGAUGGGGGCAGACUCCCACAUCUGACAUCCUAUAAUGGUUUACCUCCAUUCCUCAAGUUAUGUAUGCGUGACUGCUUAGGCCUCACCUUGGCUGAUGAGAAUUUAGUUGCAAACAUUCCCACUCCAAAUUAAAACCAGAUUAGAUGAUAAGCCAAUAAAUAUUGUCCAAGUGGGAGAUGUACUUAGGCUUAUUUUCUUUAGUGAGAUGACAUGUUCUAGUCUCUUCCCUCCGUGUGGGGCCCCCCAAAGUCAAUUUGAUCUACAAAGAUUUCAAGAGUAGCUGAAAUGCUUGAAGCUGGCAAAUCAGUUUGGCUAUGAAGCUGGAAUCCUUAAAGUAGAAUCCUGGGUUUUAUGUGUAAUUAUUAUUAUUGAAAGUAAGAAUGCCUGUUUAAAAAUAUAACUUAAAAGAAGAAAUAGCUGGGCUUGUCAGGGCAGAUGUUAAGUUUUUGACUGCCUCAGUCAUGAGUAGUUUUAGAAUCACGCAAGGUGAUGAUUAUGAUGUUAUUGCCGCACUGCCUCCUGACACUGUUCAGGUUCUCUGUAUAGAAGCCUUAUUAUUCCAAAAGAGCAUUAAUGCAUUUGAAUGACUUUACUCCAUUUCUGUGGGAAGGAUGAUUAUGUAACACUGAGGACAUAGAGCUCCCUGUGUGUUUUGCCCACAAAGGUUCACAGAGCUGCACCUUCUCUUUUUAGGAUCUAUUCAAUGGUACUUUAAUAAAUGUUGUGUAAAAAAUGCCUACAGUUCUGUAUAACAAAUGUGAAUUUUUAUGACAAGAAUGUGUAUUUAAUGUAUAAAAAAAGAAAGUAAUAUAAAAUGCAGUUUCUUUGUAUCCAGUGAAACAUCUA